AUGGACUUAUUUGAAUCUUCAAAGAUUCCUUUAGUUAUAUUAUGGAUCAUUCUUAUUGUAAUUGAAAUUGGAAUAUUUGCAGUUUCUAUGGCAUCUUACUUCAUAUUAAAAGAUCAAGUUCAAAAAUUGUCAGAGUAUGAAACUGUGUUUAUUAGAUAUCCAUCUAAUUAUGUCUUACCUACAAUACAAGAAUCAAUCCCUUAUCAAUCAAAUUCUUUUCCAUAUUGUCCCUCCUCUUUUGAAGCACCACUAGCUUUUAUGUCAAUGAGUUUAUUACAUUUUAUGCAUUUAAAAGGAAAGUAUUAUUAUAAAAAUAAUGAUAAGACAUUCCUUAAUGGAAAUGAUUAUUCAUUUGAUUGUCAUUCAUUUAUAAAACAAGUAGAAAAAUAUUGUACUUCUCCUGAAAGAAAUAAUACAAAUCAAUGCAAAGAAUAUCUUCGAGAACCUACAAGCAGUAUUGGUCCAUUAAUACAAUAUAUGCUUUGUGAAAGUUCUUCUGAUUGUCCUCCUGAUGUUAUUGAAUCUCAUAAACUAUUUCUUAAAUUUCUUCAUCAAAAUAAAACACUAACAGGAGUAGAGGUAUCUGGCAGAAUGGGAAUAAAUGCUACCUUACUUGUAAGUGAAGCAAAGAGAUUUAUGACCAUUUACCAUCAACCAGUGUUAUUGACAUUUGAUGAUUUUGUUGAUCGUACUAUUAUUUCUUCUUCUUUAAGAAAAGAUAAUGACCAUCCCAUUCAAUGUGCUUACAAUGUUACUCAAAAGUGCUAUUACCAAGACACUCCAAUAAGAACAUUUGAUGGAUAUUACCAUGACUCUAAUAUUCUUUAUUCAACUGGUAAGUUAAAAAGUGUUGUUGUUGUCGGAUGGGAUGAUAAUUAUCCUAUCCCAAGAACAAACGAUAAAGGAGCAUUAUUUGUUCGAGAUGAAGGUGCCACAACAGGGCAUAGUUUAGAAUAUUACAUUGAUGAUAUUCAACCAUCAGGUAGUGUACUUAACGCAAAUGACGAUUUUGAAAGAUGUGGUAAUAUCCAUUCAUUCCUUCAUUGGAAUGAUACCAGUCCGUUACAUUUAAAUAAAACAAAUUAUUUAAAGUACAUGUAUGAAUAUCCUGAAGGUAUUAAUGAAAAUACGUAUAAUACUUUUACUUAUUAUAUUACUAAUAGAACUAGUAGAAAUCGUGAAGGAUUAAUGUCUAUUGAUAUGAAAGCUGUCAACGAGAAAACUACUAUUCAUUUCCAAAUGAAUGGAGUUACUGAUUCCUUAAUGGAACAAGCUUUUUACGAGGAGAUGGAUGAUUCAAUCAAACAUAACUGUGGUUAUUAUGCAAUUGGAUAUAAUACAAUUCAACGUUAUUUUACUUCUCAUUAUGAUACACAGACAAAUCCUGUUGGUUUUUCAUUUAUUCAUCUCAAAUGGCCUGAUUCUUCAUGUGAACUUAUAAGAGAAUAA